AUGUCAAACAAGAAGUACGUCGUCACCUUGGAUGAUGACGAUUUGAAGAACGCUCCCGAAUCGGUUGUGGAGCUAAGGACGACCCAUCUCGAGGCCAUACAGCUCGACACGGGGCUCGUGAGCGAGCCGUCUGAAAGGUCCGAGGUCGCCGCUCUCUUAAGGUUGCGAGCCGAAAACGACCGGCGGAAAGCUGCACUUGAAGAACUGCGCGCCGAACUGCGCGCCGAGCUGCGCGCUGAGCAAGAUCAGGCCAGGGAGUUGGAGGCCGAGAUUCAGAGGCUUAAGCGACAGAAUCGCACAUCCAGGACCGGUGGGCCAGGAGAGCAGCAGCAGAUCGAGGAGCAAGCGAACCAAGACCCGGUCGUGGCCGAGCUGUUAGCGAAACUUGAUAAACAGGGGGCCGAGCUUGCGGAGCUCAAGCGACAACGUACAGCUGUCAUCCAGAUCUCGGGCAAGGUCAAGCGCGCCGACGAAAUCAUCCCGUCCAUCCGCCGGGAGGAGGUCCGUAAAAUGGUUGAGGACUUCAUCGGCUCGGGCGACCGCCUAACCGACAAGCUCCGCAAGCUGCUCAAGCGCUGCGAGGCCCCCAUGCUCCAAUCUUCUAAGCGCAGGGACUCCGAGCUCGGCAGCAACGCCGGCGUCGAGUUCGUCUUAACCCUCUUUGGUCGGGAGCGCGAGCUCCCUGCGACCGAGAAGUUCAUGGCCUUGGUCCGCCUCUGGAACCUCCGGUUCGACACGAAUUCCCUCGUCGGGAAGUACCUCCGCGACGUCGAGCUCGGCGCCCUGCUGCAGGAUAUUGUCGAGGUCGGCGUCGUACUCACGGUGGUGCCGGACUGCUGCCACUCAGGCGGUGCCAUCCGCAGCGAAGAUAACGACGACGACAUCCUAGAAGGGGUGCGCGGUGACAACCAGGUGUACUACUCGGCCGCCAUUUACGACCGCGUUUGCGCCAGGAUCCAGAACGCCGUCCCGGACCAGACCCCCUACCUCGUUGGCGACCACGACCGCUUCUUCUUCGGCCCCAAGCACCGCGUCAAGGAGAAGGCCGAGUAUGCGAUUCUCCCGCUGACGUUCGACCUCGGCAAGCGUAUGACGGAGUCGGACGUGCUGGCGCGCGUUAAAGUUGAGCGGGUGUGGACAGGGAUGCCGGACACGGCGUUCGCCGACGGCCCGGGAGUUAACCCUCCUUCGCGGCGGGAGCAGAUCAGGGAGGGCUGUCCUGCGGUGCUGCAGAUCCAGCCCCUGGAGGCGCAGGCCACCGUCUGCUUCCUUGCUGCCGACGAAGAGCAGUGGCGGCGGUUCGAGCAGGGCUGGGCGCAACAUACCGGCGGCUGCUCCCAGCUGCGACUGCUGGCGAGGGGGAAGGGGGCGCUGACACUGCACCAAUUGCGAUGGGACGCUCAGGACAGCAUGCCGAAGUUGGUCCGCCGCUUUAAGCGCCUCGCGCGCUUCCACCUGCUCAGGGAUCUGGAGAAUCCAGGCUUCCGCUCUGCCGACCUCCCCAGCCUUUUCACCAUCGAUGUCCAGCCAGCGCCUGAUAGCAAGUACUUCGAAGACGAGUUCAUCUACCCAGCCGACGGCAUUCCGUGCCGGAACGGCGUAUACGAGGUGCCCGAGCGGAGGCUGUUCCGCGUUACGGGGUCGUCAUCCCCCGAUGCUCUGUGGAAGGCGGAGAAGGACACGACGGUAGUGGACCUCUUCAAGGUCCUGGUGUCCAGGUCCGAGAGGGACGUGGACUCGCUGGACGACCUCUUGGCCAUGCUUCGGCCACUGACCCGCGAUGGGUUUACUGUCAAAGCCCAGGAGAAUGUCGGCGACUGGCAGACCAAGGACAUAUUUCGUUCGGGCGUUACCAUCGUCCGAAAAGUCGGUAGUUGA